UCUCCAUAUUCGCUAGCCACAGUCUCUGUGCGUGUUCAACCGUCUCAGCUCCUCGGCUGAGCCCUCUGCUGCUGCUGCUCCACACACCACCACCACCACUACCACACGCAACAUCAGCUGAUCCGUCACGUGGUCUGGUGUCGUGGGUCAGCCUCUCUCGCAAAAUGGAGUUGUCUGAGUCUGUGCAGAGAGGGCUCCAGUCCCUCGCCGACCCGUCCUCCUUCGACCAGAGCGGCUUCCAGGUGCUGACGGGCGUGUCUUUCCGGAGCCUGCUCUCCUCGCACGGCGACCCGGGAGUCCUCGAUCAGCCCGAGCUGAAGCAGAUCGACCAGAUCCUGCUGAAGCAGUGUCACACUGCAGCGAUCACCUUCAUCCUGGAGGCGGUCAGACACAACGCAGACAAGUCAACGAUAAGUUCCUGUCUUGAGGAACUCACAUUCAGUGCAGAGAGAGUAGAAAUAUUCUACAGCGCAUAUGAGAAACAUAAGAAAGAGCUGGAACGUCUGUUAGCGAGCAUAGGAAGGCGGCGACCUCAUGUUAACGACGUUUCUUGGCGUCUCCAGUACCACAUGAAGAACUCACAGGUCGACAAGGUCAACGAGCCUUUCUACUUGAUUUCACUGAACACAGAGAAUGAAGGAUCCUCGGAGGAUAUCAACUUUACUUGCACAAUGGAGCAGCUACAGGAUUUGGUGGGGAAGCUGAAAGACGCUGCCAAGAGCGUGGAGAAAGCCAGUCAGAUGUGAUGCUCGGUGUCCAGUUUCCUCGCCUUCUCUGCGCCACAAAGCACUGAACCUCACCGGUCUCCGGCGACAUUUCUCUUCUCUUUAUUUCUCCUUUUGUACCUGAGAUUGUACGUGACAUGUACGAGCCGAUUGUUAUUCCAUUCAUGUUUCAAUUAAAACAGAAAAAUAAAAUCCA